GGACGAGUGUGAGAGCUGUGGGCGAGGUGUUCACUUCAGCAAGAACCGAACCACCGACAGUCAUGUAUCGUCAAGUUGCUCAGGAUGUCUCUCGUGGACUUCAGAGGGGACGUCCUCAAGGUUUUCUUGUACGAACUUCAGUCUCUGGAGUUCGCCAUUCCUCCGAAAGCAGCGAACCUGAACCUAGUUUCUUUGAGAUGGUGGGCAUGUUUUUUGACCGUGCGGCUUCCAUCAUUGAAAAUCGUUUGGUGGACCAGUUGAAGGGGAAACUGUCAUUGGACGAAAAGCGACAACGUGUAAGAGGAAUUUUACGUAUCAUCAAACCAUGUAAUCAUGCUAUUGCCGUUAACUUCCCCAUCAAACGCGACAAUGGUGAAUACGAAGUGAUCGAGGCAUACCGGGCACAGCACAGUCAGCACAGAACUCCAUGUAAAGGAGGUAUUCGUUACAGUGAGGAUGUGAACAUUGAUGAAGUGCAAGCUCUGGCAGCACUUAUGACAUACAAAUGUGCCAUUGUGGAUGUACCUUUUGGUGGAGCAAAAGCUGGUGUGAAGAUCAACCCAAGCUUAUACUCCGAGAAUGAGCUCGAGAAAAUAACUCGUCGCUUGACAGUUGAGCUGGCCAAAAAAGGGUUUAUAGGACCUGGUAUUGAUGUACCAGCCCCAGACAUGGGAACUGGAGAGCGAGAGAUGAGCUGGAUUGCUGACACCUAUGCCAAUUCUCUUGGUCAUUUUGACAUCAAUGCUAGAGCUUGUGUCACUGGCAAACCAAUUCCUCAAGGUGGUAUUCAUGGAAGAAUCUCAGCCACAGGCAGAGGAUUGUACCAUGGUGUACAUAACUUCAUUAUGGAGGCAAGCUACAUGAGCAUGGUUGGCUUGACACCUGGUUUUGGUGAUAAAACCUUUAUUGUACAGGGCUUUGGUAAUGUAGGUAUGCACAGCAUGCGGUACUUGCACCGUGCAGGUGCUAAGUGUAUUGGUGUGAUAGAGAAGGAUGGCAGCAUCUACAACCAUCGAGAUGGCAUCAAUCCCAGGGAACUGGAAGACUACAAGAUUGAAAAUGGCACCAUUGUGGGCUUCCCAGGGGCUGCUCCAUAUGAGGGUAACCUGCUGUUCGAAAAAUGUGAUAUACUUGUGCCGGCAGCAGGAGAAAAACAGCUGACAAAGGACAAUGCUCACCUUGUGCAGGCCAAGAUCAUUGCUGAGGGUGCCAAUGGUCCUACAACUGUUGAAGCAGAUAAGAUCUUCCUGGAGAGGAACAUACUUGUAGUUCCAGAUUUGUUUGUCAAUGCUGGAGGUGUGACUGUCUCAUAUUUUGAAUGGCUGAAAAACCUGAACCAUGUAAGUUAUGGUCGACUGACAUUCAAGUAUGAGAAGGACUCAAACUACCAUCUCUUGGAGAGUGUACAGAGAUCCUUGGAGAGAAAGUUUGGUAGAAAUGGUGGAACCAUUCCUGUCCUGCCUACAGAGGAUUUCGAACAAAGGAUUGCUGGUGCAUCAGAAAAGGACAUUGUUCAUUCUGGUCUGGAAUACACCAUGGAGAGAUCUGCUAGAAAUAUUAUGAAGACAUCCAUGGAACAUAACCUGGGGCUUGAUCUACGCACAGCAGCCUACAUUGCUGCCAUUGAGAAGAUCUUUCAUGUAUACAGGGAAGCAGGCUUGACAUUCACGUAAAGAUGGUGUCAGCCAGUUUGUAUUUUAUUUUAGGGUUUGUUUCUGUGGACUCCUGCAUCUUAUUCUCAUUAUGACAGAAGGAAAUAUCUCAGCUUUUAUAAGACCAGUUUGGCUUCAUUCUCAUUGCAAUAUUUGCACUUUUUGUUAUUAUGCAACAUUUGCAAAAUGUACUCAUAUACUUUGUACAUUGCAUAUACCUUUUCCCAUUUAUACUCAGAGAUCUGGGAUUGGUCUUGUUGUUCUCUUAUAUGUUUAAAUGAAUGGUAGUACUGCAAAAUAAUUAUGUGUGCUAUAGUAGAACUAUGCAUUUAAAAUUUUGUUAUAGCAGCUUUGAUGCUGUUGACAAAGAGAUUAAUAUGUUAAUAUGACUUUUUAUGUAGAUCUGGACAGAUUUCAUCACAUUUUAAGUUUCAGACAGGUUCAUUAGAUUAUUUUUCAAAGACUAAAGUUACUUGAUAUUUUUAUUCCACCAAGAAUAUUACAUCAUCAUGAGAAGUAGAUUAUGUGAAAUAGCAUAGAAGGUUGGUCAUCAUCAUAAAAGGUAUUAACAAACCCCUCCCUUUUUGUAUUAUUACCAUUUUGUAUCCAUAUAGAUACAAAUUUAGGCUUUCUUGACAAUCAGAAUCUCGCUGCCUUGUCCAUAAAAUUGAAGUUGUUGUAAAAUAGUCUUGUCGAAAAUAAGGAUUACAUGAUAGGAACCAUGAAACUCAUCUGAGAUACUGCAAGAAUUGUCAAUUAAUUUUUUUCAUGUCUGUGUGUGCCACGUGCCCUUAAAAUAGGGAUUGGCAAAUGUUAGAACAUCAUCUCUGAUCAAUGAAGAACAGACCAAAAAAAAAAACAACGAAAGAGCAGAAUGAUGUGUUCCACAAAUAUUUUGAACAUUUGAUCCUUUGCAAGCAUUCAUAUAGCAUGAAGAGUGCUUCCUUGCCCCCUUUUCUAAAAUUCAUUUUGCCAAGAAACUCUUGUGCCGAUGGGUUUUACUUCAUAGUGCAAGCCUUUAUGGUAUGGUGUUGAAAUUUCAUUUACCUGUGGAAGGUGGGAUCUGACAACCCUUCCCCUGCAACCCCCAACGCUUGAGGACCAUAAUUUGAUACUUCAGAUAUAUCUUUGGCAUACCAUUAAAAGGGCCAGUCCUUAUACUUCCAUAUUCUUUUUUAACCACAUUUUAUGAAUAGAAUUGUCAAAUCUGAAUAAAUCUGUGAUGUACUUUUUGAACAACAGAUAAUUUAUUAUC